ACAUGAUCACGCUGUGCCAAAAACAGGAAAUCAUGGUUUGUUUGGAGUGAGAGACAGAAAGAAGAGGAGCAGACGACUGCAUCUCCCUUCUUCAAGCAUGUCUCUUUACAAAAACAGCGCGUUUUUUGUUUUGUCACUCAUCUAUAUUUACGCUCUUGUGUCUAGCGAUGGAGCUAACGUCACUAUUUCAUACGCAGCAGACAAAUUGAAAGUGAUCCCGACGCUGAGCCCUGCUGUUGUGGUCCCCUCGCCUGUAUUUAAUCCUACUGUGUUGGACUCUUUCGUCUCUCUCAACCUGCUGUCUACUUUCCCAGAGGACCAGGAGAUCAGCGAGUACUGCAGCGAGCUGCUUCACAUAUUCGGCCAGCGGUAUGUCGCCUAUGUGAACUGCUUGGUGCCCGCUGCCCGACCUGUCAAAGUGUGUCUCAACUGCUUCUCCACCUAUGACAGCCUGAUUGUCACAUACAACAACAUCUCUUCGGACAAGAUGGGUCCUGGUAAUGUGAGCUGCAGGGACAGUCUUCUGCGCAGUGAUCGGCUGAUGCUGGUGUAUCUGCUGUACAGCAACGUGGACAGUCUGUGGACCAAAUCAAACUGUGACCACUGUAUCAAUAAAGAUCCCCCGAGCCUGACCAACGACACCGUCUACUUCAUGUCUACUCUCAACCAAACUCUCACCUGCUUUGAGAAGCAUCAACAGGGCAACCAGACAGAGCUAUGCAAAAGCUGUAAGACCAUAUACAGAAGCGUGAAUGAGCUGUACGGCCGCAUGGAGAAGAAUCAGACGAUGUGUAUUGACAUAGAGGAUGCGAUGAAUAUAACCCGCAAACUGUGGAGUAAGACUUACAAUUGUUCCUUCCCCCGUGAGGAGACGGUGCCUGUCAUCGCUGUGUCCAGCUUCAUGCUUUUUCUGCCCAUCAUCUUCUACUUGAGCAGCUUCCUUCACUCGGAACAAAAGAAACGCAAGCUCAUACACCCCAAGCGAGCAAAGUCAUACGCCAGUCUGAUGAACAUUCAGGACAAGAUGAGCUGAGUUCAGCUGAGCGGAGACGGGUGAUGACUGAUGUGAAGAAGGACCGUGUUCUCAAUACAUUUGCUUUCUUUUAUUAAAAGUCACUACCCAGGAGAAGAUUUGUCUUCUCACCUACUUGUGCCUGAGCUUUGACUGACCUCGAUGAACUGGACUCAACGGCAGCGUUCCCUGUUGUUUACAGGAGGCUGUGAUACCAAUCAGUAUUCAGAGGACUUCAAGGACCUAAAUAAAUGAAACUGAAAGUGACAUGCACUGGAAUUUGUAACACAGAAAACGGAAUUUGCUUUCAUAUCUUCAAAACCAUCUUCUCAACUUCAGUAAAGGGUGCAUGCAGAAUUCAAUUUUUCUUAGAUUUUGAGCAAAACAUGAUAGAAAAAUAUAAAGAUGCACACACUGUGUUUGAGUCGGUCCGUAACUGCCGCAAUUUAUUAUUGAAUUUGUUUUGCUCAACAUGGCAAAUUUUAAAGUCACAUUUAAAGAUUUCUAUGAGGCUGACCUGUGAUUGAUUCAAAGUAUAACUAACUUUACUAAUCAGAUAGUUGUUCAUGUUGCUGUGUGACACAGGCGUAGUCCUCAGACAGAUCCUGGAUCUCCUUCCUUACAACUCGUUAACAAUCUUCUGGUUGUUCAGCACAUCCUGCAGUCGGAGACACACAGCUGUCACUAGAAAGAGUGAGUGGCUUGAAUGCAGUGUGUGUGUGUGAGUGUUUUUGUGUGUGUGUGUGCAUGCGUGUGUGUGUGUGUGCAAAUGAGCUAAUGUGUGUAUGUGCUCUAUUUAUGGGUUGAGAAAUGGGUUUUCUGUCUCUAAUGUAUGUCCAGAAGAGAGCUGCAAAAAGGAAGCACUUGAUGUCCAUUAGUGGUGACAUGUAUCUGCUGUAAGAAGGGGGGGUGCACAUCAGUAAGGUGGGGUUGGGCAGGGGGGAGUGUAAUAAAGACAUAACACACAUAACAUAAGAGCACUCCAAAGUACCACACUGAGAUGUUAGCUGUUUUCCAGUCAGUGUUUUUUGUGGUUGCAUAAAGCUUUUAAUGUGCUUUGUUGUCGUUUUCCACUGAUGUUCAACUUAAUUUGUUAAGGGUUUCUGACUGCUCAUGAUAGUGAAGUCUCUUUUAUGAGGUAUGAGUGCUGAAUUGAUGAGUUUGCCUAUUAGAAAUGCAUUUAAACACGAUGUGAAGUAAUGUAAAUCUUAAUUUUGAAUGCAUAAGCCCAAAUAAAUAUAUUUUCAUGUCAGAAACAA